GUAAUUGUAUGACAAACACAACAACACAGCAAUCAAUGCAUUAGUGUUGACAUCACAUCAAAGGGCGGAUACAUUGCCACAGAUUAUCACUUAUUAACCGCUGUUUUUGGUCACAGAUUAUCACCAUUUGUUGCAAUCCAUUGUAAUAAGACUUCUUGAGAUGAUUCUUCUGGAGAUUAACAAUAGAGUCGUUGAGGACAUACUUCGUGUGAAGAUUCAAGAGAUUGAAUCCAAUAACAAGAUAGAGUCUGUAGAUGUAACAGCUGCUGACUUCGAUGGCGUAUUGUUUCAUAUUUCUAAUAUUAACGGAGAUAAAGCAAAGAUACGGAUCAGUAUAUCACUCAAGUUUUAUAAAGAGCUUCAGAUUCACGGAGCGGAUGAUCUAUUAAGAAGAGAAUACGGAUCACUACUUAUGACACCACCUGAAGAUGGAUACAAUGUGUCACUUCUUUUUGAUUUAAAGAAUUUGCCGCAAAAUUAUGAAGAAGUUAUACAAAAAGCCGGACUUCUUAAGCGUAACUGUUUUGCUUCUGUCUUUGAGAAGUACUUUGAAUUUCAAGAGCAAGGAUGUGAAGGACAGAAAAGAGCUGUCAUUCAUUACAGAGACGAAGAGACAAUGUAUGUCGAGGCCAAACCUGAUAGAGUCACUGUUGUCUUCUCGACCAUCUUUAAAGACGAAGACGACAUAGUUAUUGGUAAAGUAUUUAUGCAAGAAUUCAAAGAAGGAAGAAAAGCUUCACAAACGGCACCACAGGUUCUGUUCUCACACAGAGAACCACCGAUGGAAUUGCAGAACACUGAGGCCCGAGUGGGCGACAACAUUGGAUACAUUACAUUCGUAUUGUUUCCGAGACAUACAAACAAAAAUUCCAGAGACAAUACCAUUAAUCUGAUCCAUACUUUUAGAGAUUAUCUUCAUUAUCAUAUCAAAUGUUCGAAAGCAUAUAUUCAUUCGAGAAUGAGAGCCAAAACAUCCGACUUUCUUAAGGUUUUGAACAGAGCUCGACCUGAGAAACAAAAUACUGAGAAGAGAACAAUUACUGGUAAAAUAAUGAAAGUUGGAGUUUAAGACAAACUGAUUACUUGUAAUAUUACUACUGAUUGAAACAAAUUCAAAUAUAUUACACAACACUUACUUUUAGUAAU